AUGUGCUCGCUCUUCCGAUCUCGACCCCAGGGCGGUCCUUUCAUCACCCUCAACGGGCCUGAAAACAACACCGUAUACACCAAAGACGCGCAGGGCGGAAAGACCCCGCGCUACAUCAUCGACAAGCUCAAGAACGAGAGGAAGAUCUACCGCAUCCUUCCCGAAGGCAAGCGCACACCCAUCGGGACCAUCGAAAUCUCCAGUGUUCGCGGCGUCACCCACGUCUGGGUCGGCGACUGGGAACUCAGCUUCUCCCGGCAGUGGUACGGCGCCGAGUACCGCGUCUUCGUCAGGACGCACAUGGGUCAGAUGUACUGGGCACCCACAGGCAUCAUUGGCGAGGCCAUGGUGUUGAAGGAUAGCCAGCGACGGACACUAGCGCGAUACAACACCUCUUCGAUAUCGUGGGGCAACAGGGACUUGGAGAUCUUCGUGGAGGCUGACGACACCCUCAUCGAUCUCAUCGUCGUGUGCGCAGUCGCUCUCAAGGGAGGAGGGCGUAGAAUCCUCGCGACAAUAAGGCUAUUGCGCAACGGAAAGCUGAACAACAGAUUCAUUUUGGCUUGGCUUUUCUGCCUCAUAUUUGCAUUUUUUGUCGUCUAG